UCCUCUCACCAACACCAACACCUCUUCGUACCUCCUGUCUCGAUCGAGCGACCUAAGCCAUGGGUCGCAACGGACCGCUUGGCUCCUUUCGAGCUCUCGACGCCUUUGCCCGACCUUUGGAAGACGUCCGUAUUCGCUCCGCUUCAGGAGCCCUCCUCACCCUCGUUUCCUUCCUCAUCAUCCUCUCCCUCACCCUCAGCAGUUGGGUAGAAUACCGUAGAGUCAAUUUGGAUCAUUCACUCGAGGUUGAUAAGAGUAGAGGGGAAAAGUUGGUGGUGAAUGUGGAUAUUGAGUUCCCGAGGGUGCCGUGCUAUUUAAUGAGCGUUGAUGUGAUGGACAUCUCGGGAGAGCAUGUAGAGGACGUAAAGCAUGAUCUCAAGAGACACAGGCUGGACUUCGAAGGUGGGGAGGUACACGAGGCAAUGGGAGGACUGAAAGGCGAGGCAGAUAGGCUGGCAGCUCAGAGGGGUUCAGGCUACUGUGGUUCGUGCUACGGCGGAGAGCCGCCAAAGGAGGAUGGCGGCUGUUGUCAAACGUGCGAGUCUGUCAGAGAGGCCUAUUCGCGGAAAGGCUGGACUUUUGAGGACCCAGACCACAUCGAGCAGUGCAUUCAAGAAGGAUGGACAGAGAAGAUCAAAGCUCAAAACAAGGAGGGAUGCCGAGUAUCGGGUCAGAUCCAUAUCAACAAGGUCAUUGGCAAUUUCCACCUCUCCCCUGGUCGCUCAUUCUCGCGGAACAAUAUCCACACUCACGACGUGGUACACUACCUCAAGGACAGCCAAGAGCAGCAACACGACUUUGGGCAUAUCAUCCAUGCUUUUUCCUUUGGCGCAGAGGACGAAUUCGACGACCAUAGUGCUGUUGGCAAGCAUCGGCUGUUCGGAAGUAUGGCAGAAAGUGGGCCAUUGAAGACGAAGCUAGACAUCAAGGAGCCCCUGGCAGGCUACAGGGGAAAGAAGCAAUCUGCCUCUACGAUGUAUCAGUACUUUACCAAGGUCGUCGCGACAGAGUAUCGACCACUGAAGGGGAAGCCGAUGAGCACGUUCCAGUACAGCGCUACAGACUACAUUCGCGAUCUGAGUCCGGCGGCCAACUAUAUCCAUGGCAAGACUACGGGUGAUACAGCUGCUACGCACUCUCCGCAACAGGUGCAGCAUGGCUUCCAGGGCCUGCCUGGCGUCUUCUUCAACUACGAGAUUUCGCCCCUGCGAACGGUGCACACGGAAUGGCGCCUACCCUUUUCGCGCUUUCUGUCGCAGCUGUGCUCCAUCGUGGGGGGUGUCCUGACAUUGGCGGGUCUGCUGGACGCUGCCAUUUGGCACUACCGUGUGAGGAUGAGUGCAGGUGGAGGCGGAGGUGGGGUUGGUGCUCACUCGAUGAUGGCCAAUGGCUAUGGCAGUGGCUAUGGGAUGACUGCUAGGGGUGGGAAGCUCAUCUGA